AGGGAAAUUGUAAGAGUCCGUCCAUGCUCAGGACAACCUGCAAUGAAAACACUACAUCUUCAGGGGAAUCUCCAUGCACAGGGACAUGCUCGAUGACAAUCAAUGGAUUAAUGGACAAUCUGUGUGAAGAUAGAGAGGGAAGAAGCGAGUGUCUGCUCUGCCCCCCAGGGUGGAUGCUGCACAGGGGGAGAUGUUACUACUUCUCAGAGCAAUCGGGGACCUGGGAUGCCAGUAUGCGAAAUUGUUCAGGCAGGAAAUCCCAGCUGCUUGUUGUUGAAGAUGAGGCUGAGAUGGAAUUUAUAGCAACCAGAACAGAAAAGAAAUAUUUCUGGAUUGGAUUAAUCUUUCAAGAGAAAGAGGGAAGAUGGAUGUGGCUUGGUGUCUCCCAGUUAGAAGGGCACAGGCUGAGCUUGGUGAUGGUAAAUGGAAUUGGAGAUGGCAAAAACUGUUCUGCUUUCAACAAGGAGAAGUUACACCCUGAGAAAUGCCCGUUGUCGCACAGAUGGAUCUGCAAGAAGAAUGCAACCUUGCUGGCUCCCUAGAAUAACCCAGAACAUUAGACACCGUCCCUUGUAGAAUGAUGCAUUUUCUUGUACUUUGUGAUAUUUUAAUGUAAAUAAUCAUAAAAGCAUUGCACAGAAACCAUAGCAUUCGGCAAUCCUGUGUCAAUUGACGUCUGGCUGUAUUAGGGAUAGGUUUGUAUUGUAACCUCCUGUAGCUCCUGGUGUCCAAGGAUAGACGAUGUUUAGCUAAACAGAUUAUAAUAAUUGAUGCACGAUAAAAUGGCUGUGACUAUCUUUUCUGUAUUAAGAAAUGACUCA